AUGCAACAAGAACAAACUCGCCAUCAUCAACACGAAACUCUCGACGACGAGUUUGACCAACCCAGGGCUCUUAAUGAAUACAUGCAGAGGCACAGGCAGGAUUCAGGAUUCUAUGCAGGAAGAUUGAACUGGAGUGACUCGGACGAUGGAGAUUCGCCUCUGAUCAACAAAGAACGUCCCCGGAUUGAAACCUUAAAUACCAUAGACAGUAGAUUGCCCUCUCCUCCUCAAUCCCCUCGAAAGCUGCAGCCACCUACAAGAACUCAAAUAGCACGUCCUGCUCCGAUAAUCCCACCACCACCGUCCGAACCUGUCGCCCCUGAACCACCAAUAACACCACUAGCUGUAUUCAAAGAAAUCGCAUUUAUAGGGCUAUUCAUUACAAUAUCAUGCAUAAGUAUCAUCACUCUACCACCAACGGCAAACUGGACCCGCUCUCUCUAUAAGAUCGGUGGGUAUUGGCUCUCGGCCCCUGUAGUCUCGGUCUUGUCCUUGAUUUGGGGUGGCAUGCUUAACGUAAUCCGAGCUGAUAUCUCCAAACUAGUAUCCACACGUGAAUUCGCUGUGAUUUGUAUCCUGAUGGUCAACACAUACUUGUCUAUUCGAGUCAUUCCCGAGAUCUUUACCUUUUUCGAUCAAGUUCGAAACUAUGAUUCCAUCGGAUUUGGUAGCAUGUCUGUAUGGACUAUAAUGGGAUCGUGGACUGUAGUCACAGGAAUUUUAGGUACACUAGUUUUGGGACUCGUGGCAUAUGAAAUCUCGGGUCUUGUGUACCGAAUUAUCGCUCCCAUAUUGUUGUAA